AUGUCGUACACAUUCUAUGCAGUUUCAUCGGAAGGCCUGCUAACGGGCGCGAUUUGUGGUGACGUUUUCGCCUCACCGCCCAGUAAUCACGUUCUGGCGGCAUUGGAGAGGAAACUCGUGGAGAAGGUACAAGUGGUUGUGAUGACGGAUGAUAUAGCGCUGGAAAAUGUGAGAAUCGUAUUGGAAGUCGAAGGGGUUGGCUGCAGCAACUCUCAUUAUGAAGCAACACUUGGUGUUUCCCUCUACCCGUGCAGUCUCCCCAACAGACCGCCGAUGUUCGGGUGGAGCAAGGAAAGAUGGAGAAGAAGCGGAUUUGAUUUAAAAAGUGCGUACAAUCGGCCCGCCAUGCACUCUCAUCAGAAACCAGGAUUUUUUGAACGAUUUGGAUGGGCAGCCGGAGAUGGAGAUUAUUGGACAAACAAUAGCCCAUGCUUGCAAAAAUGUAUUCUGGAAGCAAAUGAGAGUCUUCACUGGCAAAAUCCGGCUAUGGUUACUCUCGCAACUGAUCGCAAUCUUUCAGGAAACGGUUGGAGGGACGGGAGGAGCGAUUUACGCCUUACUACUGGAAGCAGCAAAUUUGGGUCAUUUGAAGAAUCAGCUCCUCCAGAGGAGAUUGGUCUCACGGUUGGAGAUCGGUCUCAAGCAAUAACUGAGCACGGGAGAGCGCAGCCAGGAGAUCGGACAGUAGUUAGUAGAAGAACG